CGCAUGUGCAGAAACGGCGCCCUGCCUAAAUUCUGCUCUUGGAAGAGAUCGCGGUUGCAACGCGAUGGCUAAGUCCUCGUGGCAACCGCCGCCGGCGCAGCCUGUCACUCACCUGAUCUUUGACAUGGACGGUCUCCUUCUGGAUACUGAACAUCUUUAUACUGUUGUAUUCCAAGAAAUCUGCAGUCGUUUUGGGAAAACCUACACCUGGAAUGUGAAAUCCUUAGCAAUGGGUAAAAAAGCAUCAGAAGCAGCAGAAAUAAUUUGUGAUGCACUAGACCUCCCAAUCACCAAAGAAGAGCUGUUACAUGAAAGUAAAAUCAUGCAAGAAAAAUUGUUUCCUACAGCUAUGUUGAUGCCAGGAGUUGAAAAACUAAUCCGCCAUCUACACGAACAUAAUAUUCCCACAGCUGUUGCUACUAGUUCAUCUCAAGUGACAUUUGAAAUGAAAACAAGCCAACACAAAGACUUCUUUGGAUUAUUUCAUCAUAUUGUCUUGGGAGAUGACCCUGAAGUAAAGCAUGGCAAGCCACAACCUGAUGUGUUUUUAGUUUGUGCAAAGAGAUUUGAUCCUACUCCAUGUCCAGUAAAGUGUCUUGUAUUUGAAGAUGCUCCCAAUGGAGUGAAGGCAUCACUGAAGGCUGGUAUGCAAGUGAUCAUGAUUCCAGAUGAAAACUUGAACAAAGACCUUACAAAAGAAGCAACCCUAGUACUGAGGUCCAUGAGUGAUUUCAAGCCAGAACUGUUUGGUCUACCACCAUUUGUUUGAACACCGUUUUUUUUAAUCUUUUAAAUUUAAUAUUUUAAAAAAGAUCAUAGUUUUUUUUCUUUUUUCUUUACACUAUUGUUUCAUUAUUUACACUUCAGCUUAAUUCAGAAUUAAAAUAUUUUGCCAUAAAUGUAUUUGAAACCUAAGAGGUUUCUAGAUUAUGCACUCAUUCAAAAAUAAAUGCUCUUUUUUCAUAAAGUUUGAAA